AUCAAAUAUACUAAACUGACUGUGCUAGUCAUACUUCACAGGCUUUGCGAUUAGUUUCAAGUAAUUUAUGAUCUUUAAUGUAUUUAUAUAUUAUUUACUUGAUUAUUGAUCUACUGGUGGAAAUUUAUCAAUACGAGUUCUAAAACAUGUUUUGCGUUUCGUGAUAACAGAACCUGACCGCCUGACGUAAUAGGUGUAUGUGGUUCAAAAGUUUAUGAGCUAGCUUCGCGCGCCUUUUAUUUUUCACGUGAUAAUUUUCAAUGUCCGCAACAGUCUUCAGAUACCCGCCUUCAGAAGGUUCUCAACCGCCAUAUGUCUAUCGGUCCGAGUGACUCGUGAGUCAGUCUAACCCAAUCUACGCGCUGUUAACCACGCUCUCAGGAAUUAGGAUUUGUAUCUUGUUCCAUCUCGAACAAUCGUUGAUUGUGGCCCAUUGUGGCUCACUUCAGUGCGCAGCGUUGGUCGAUCUCCUGUAUCGAGAUUCACUUAGUGCUUCUGCUAGAGUCAGCUAGAGUUCAGAUAAGUCUCGAAUGGUUAGGUGUUGCUCUAGGAGACAAACAUUUCCACCCUUUUUAUUAGAAAAUCAUGUACACUGUGUCAAAAGGACCUAGCAAAAUUGUCGCCAAGACACGUCGAGGGAUCAGCCAGAAUCUCGAAAGGCUGGAGACUCUGCGGGACCUAACACGAAAGUCUGAUCCCGAGGACGAUCACGGUGCCAUCCGUCAUGUGCCAAAGCCAGUCUUCCACAUGAAUGGAAAAUCGAAGCUCAAUUCCCAAAGACAUCAGAUGCAGGAAGCGAUUACGCCGCAGCACGAAGAGCUUAUCAAAUUUGUAUAUGAAUCAUGGAGCCAAGUCAAUCCUCAACAAGGAAGCGAAUCUUCGGACGGUUCGGAAUGCUCGGAACCCUCGAGUCCAAAUUCCAUAGUGUACUACAAUGACGGUGAACCCAAUGACAACCUUCAGGAUUUCAAGCCUUUUGAUCUGGAGUCUUGGUGGGGAAAGCGACUCUUCAACAACAUCACAAAAUCCCUUUGAGGAAGUCAGAUCUCAGGAGAAUAUUCCGCAUCAAAGCAUAACCAAAAGUAGUUUAUAAUAAGAAACGCGGCGAGCCGAGAAACCCUCGCCCAUUGACUGACCAGUGGCCCGUCGGGUGAACUGACUUUUGCAGUAAUCGUGGAGUGCGUGGAGUCGAGAAAAAGAAAGACAGAAAGCAAAAAGAAACUGAUGUCGAGUGAUUCCAAGAGAUGCGCAUUGUCGCAGCUGUUAUCAGAGAUAGUCGUGAAACUCGAAGUGAACUGUUACGCUUCGUGAACUGCCAAACUUGCGGAUUCGUUAGUUUUUAAUCUUCCUGCUUUAUUUUUACAACGCACAAAGCCACGAAGACAGCAGCCCGGAAGUCAACAAGUGCUACCUUCGGAUGUGAAUUCGUUAUUAAUAUUGACGUUUUCCGGAUACCUUCAAACGGUUGCGGCUAGUAUAAUGUAAUUGAUUGAUCUUAUCGAUCACGCGCUCGUUUCUGUGUCAGUGGGUGAUGGCUUUGCACAGCACAAUGCGGAAAACGAAUGUAAAGAUCGAGAAGAAACAGGAAAAAGAAAAUGAGAAAAUAAUUGGUGCUUCGGUGUUAUUCCCUUCGGAGAAUCGAGAAGAGAGGAAGAGGAGCUUCUCUCUGUAUUAACGAAGUGAGUGGAAACCAACACAGAUAAGAUAAAAUGAAGGGCAUAGUGAAGAAGGAAGAGUCGAAAAAAGGUUGGGAGGGGGAGAAAGAGAGAGAAAGAGACAAAGAACGUUUCUGUAAAAUCGUUUUGAUCGCAUCCAUCCAUAAAUAUGUAUGUAUACAUGUAUUAACAAUCCGCUGUGCGUUAAAGAAACGAUCGGAGUGUGUAUCGAUGGGAAUGUCGCCUAACAUUCAAGUUGAAGAAGACAAAGAGAAAGCAAAAAUUGAUGAUGACAUAAUGUUGUAUCUAUUACACGAACGUCCAUUUAACAUGAAUGCACGCAAGUGUUUGUAGUUAUUGUUACGACGAGUGCAUCGAUUGUUCUUAUCCCUUUAGCGCCGAGCGUUACAUAUUUCUAACACUCACUUAAGUACCACAUAGAUUUCUACUUUAUCAAUUUUGGAAUUUUCCCAGGGGCUCAAAGUGAGUGCUACAAGUAUGUAUGCUAAACUAGCAAAAGAAGGACUCUUAGUUAUACAUACAUAGUUUGGCUUCUCCAACCAAUUAUCGAAGACUACUCUUUCGCUGGUUGUACUAUAACGCAUUGGCGCUAAAGGGUUAUCUACAUAAACGAAAUAGUAUAACUUGGUAGACUGAUACGUUUAAGGUUGUUAUAAAGUUUCUGGGCGUUCCGAGGGAUAGCAACAGUUAGUAUGCAACAUGAGCGUCAGCGUCAGCAACUAGAACUACUGUCUGUCCCUCUUGGUUUGUGCAUCGAGUUAGCGUGUGUUCUCUCAUUCAAGCAACCAGACACAACGAUGAGGCAACAUGCUAGAUUUUAUUGUUCCUGAUCGAGUGCCUCCCUGGCCGCCUGCAGCUGUCGUCGCCGCUGCGUUACAGCUGGUCGUGACGCUGGAUAAGUUUGUCUCCCGUGGCCGUUAAUGAGUUUGCACCGCCGUGCCACACGCAACGCGCAGUGUCCAAACGUAGUCGAAACGUAGUGCAAUAAUUUUCAGCCGCGAACGAGGCUGGAUAUCGCAGUUGUUAUACAGAAUAAAUAUAUCUUUGUACACUUGAA